GUUCAGUAUUCCGUGUAGCAGGGGGACGGAAAUCCGCGAUGCUCAAAACAGCUUCCUGGUAGUUGACGUGGUUUGUUUUGAAAUGGCAGAUACUAAAGUGGAAAUUUUAUCUGACAGCUCAAGUCUGACCCCAAACAGCGGGAAUGUUUCUUCUCAGACUAACAACCCACUGUCAAGGAAGCUUAAUAAGAUUUUGGAAACCAGGCUGGAUAAUGACAAGGAGAUGCUGGAGGCUUUAAAGUCUUUGUCGGUUUUCUUCACUGAGAACAGUCUCCGCACACGGAGAAACCUGCGAGGGGACAUCGAGCGGCGCAGUUUAUCCAUCAAUGAAGAAUUUGUGCGGAUAUUCAAAGAUGUGAAAGAGGAGCUGGAGAGUAUACAUGAAGAUGUCCAAGCCAUGAGUUGCUGUUGUGAAGAAAUGACUAAUAGAUUAAAGGCAGCCAAGGAGCAAACCCAAGACCUGAUAUUGAAAACCAACAAACUACAAGGAGAAAAUCACAGUCUGGAGGUGCGAGCACAGGUGGCCCAGGUCUUUCUCUCCAAAUUCCAGCUGAACAGUGAAGAAAUGGCCACUUUACGCUACGCUCGUGACGACCCCAUCACUGAGGAUUUCUUUAAAGCCCUGAAUCGUGCAAAGAAUAUCCAUGAAGAUGUGAAGGUUCUGCUGAGGACCAACCAGCAAACAGCAGGACUUGAGAUUAUGGAACAAAUGGCAGUGUUGCAGGAGACAUCGUAUGAGCAGCUGUACCGCUGGACUCAAAAUGAAUGUCGGGGGUUGACUCAGGAGACGUGUGAUGUUCCUCCUGUGCUCAGUCAAGCAAUGGAGGCUUUACAGGACCGGCCUGUUCUUUAUAAAUACGCACUGGAUGAAUUUGGCACAGCAAGGCGCAGCGCAGUGGUCCGUGGCUUCAUUGAUGCACUAACACGAGGAGGACCAGGGGGCACACCCAGACCAAUAGAGAUGCAUUCACAUGAUCCUAUGAGGUAUGUAGGGGACAUGCUGGCAUGGCUGCACCAGACCACAGCCUCUGAGAAGGAGCAUCUGGAAGCUCUGCUCAAACAAACUUCAGGGAGAGGUGUUGAGGACAGCAUGCAGGAGAUUGUCGGACACAUAACUGAAGGAGUGUGUAGGCCACUUAAGGUGAGGAUUGAGCAGGUGAUAGUUGCAGAACCCGGAGCUGUGCUGCUCUACAAACUUUCCAACCUGCUCAAGUUCUACCACCACACCAUCAGUGGGAUCAUCGGCACAAGUGUUGCAUCUUUGUUGAUUACUAUAGAGGAGAUGCAUGUUCUCAGUAAGAAGAUGUUCUUCAACAGCCUCGGUCUUCAUGCCAGCCGGCUUAUGGACAAGGUGGAGUUGCCUCCUCCUGACCUGGGCCCCACAGCGUCUCUCACCCAGACACUGUCUCUCCUCAGAGAAGUGCUCGCAUCACAUGACUCUUCUGUGCUUCCUCUAGAUGCCCGCCAGGCCGACUUUGCUCAGGUGUUAUCAUGUAUCCUGGACCCCCUUCUUCAGCUUUGCACAGUGUCUGCAAGCAACCUGGGCACAGCGGACAUGGCCAACAUGGUGAAUUCUCUAUACAUGAUGAAAACCACUCUGGCCCUCUUUGAGUUCACAGACAAGCGGCUAGAAAUGCUCGAGUUCCAGAUCGAGGCUCAUUUGGACACUCUGAUCAAUGAGCAGGCCUCCUACGUACUGACACGAGCAGGUCUUGGCUACAUUUACAACUGCGUUCAGCAGCACAACUCUGAGCAGGGUCCUCUAUGCAACAUUGCGGGUAUGGAUGGUUCAUCUCUGAAGGCAGCUAUGGUCCAGUUUGAUCGUUACUUGUCGUCUCCUGACACCUUUGUGAUGCCUCAGUUCAACUUUCUCCUCAGUGCAGCUAUCAAAGAGCAGAUCUUUAAGCAGUCUACAGAGCUGGUGUGCCGUGCGUAUGGAGAGGUGUACACAGCCACAACCAAUCCAGCUAAUGGCUACAAAGAACCUGAGAACGUGUUACACCGAUCUCCUCAGCAGGAAUCCUCUCACCAUACGCCAUAAAAGAGGAAGCCGGCUGUGAUAUAGCAGCAGUAAAGAGUAUCAAAACACCACAUGCCAUGAUUCAGCACGAGGCAUGCUGCGCCGUCUUCAUCAUCACGCUACACGUGCUCUGCCACAAGCACACGGCAUUUUGGGGAAAUCACAGCGGUGGCAACAUUUUGCAAUGUAAUGUUGGAUAUUAGGAAACCUUUGCUAAUGUUGUUAUAAAGUGAAACACUCCUGAACUAAACUCAAAGUGGUGACUGA